AUGGGGAUGCAACCCCAAACGGCAGAUACAAGACCCUUUUCCCCAACCAUCCGGCUCGGCCUCGUGGCCACCAUCCGGGACCUGGCCAAGGAGACGUUCAAGAAGCUGGACGGGGCCAAGGGCUGCCCGCGCGGCCGGAAGCGGGACUCCGUCUACGCCGCCUGCCUCUACAUCGCCUGCCGCAACCUCGGCAUGCCGCGCACGUACAAGGAGCUCGCCUCCGUCACUGCCGGGGGCGUGGCUGCCAAGAAGGACGUCGGCAAGAUGACGACGCACAUCAAGAAGCUCCUCGGGGAGGACUGCCAGGUGAUGGACAUCGGCGUCGUCAGCGCCUCCGACUACCUGCGCCGCUUCUGCUCCCGGCUCGGCCUGGGCAACCAGGAGGUGCGCGACGCACAGGACGCCGUGCGGAGGGUCGAGGAAGGCCUCGACGUGCGCCGCAACCCGGAGUCCGUCGCCGCCGCCAUCAUCUACAUGGUCGUGCAGCGUGCCGGCGCCGGCAGGUCGGCCAAGGACGUGUCCGUCGCCACCGGCGUCGCCGAGGGCACCAUCAAGGAGGUGCACAAGGACCUCACCCCGCACGCCCAGAUGCUCUUCGGCUGAGCCUGAGCGCCCACGACAUUAACGCUUCUUGAUCCUUUGCUGUUUGGCAGGUCCUUGGCACAUGCAUGCAUGCAUGUUUGCCAUGUCCACAAUUCCAAACGUGUGCUGUUCUUGGCAACUAUCUUAGUCUUGGGCAUGUGAAGUUUGUGUUGGACUCCGUUUCUAAGUGCUGAAUCAUGUCAUUCGUGAAUGAAUUUGUGCUUAGUUCGUUUGAUCCGAUUAAACUCAUGAACCGAGGUCUCAGACACGGUUGCCAAGUACGCUACUCGUGAAUUAUAAUGGUCUCAUGAACGUGAGGCUAAUAAGGGCUCGACAUUUUUCGCCGAAAAUUCACCCAUUACAAUGAAGUGAAAAAGGCGGCGACGGUCUUGGAGAAGGGGGUGACGCUUCAAUACCGGCUAGGUUCAAACAAAUUUUGAAAUUUGAAUGAAUCUCGUUGAAAUUGAAACCAGAAUGGCCAGAUUAAAAACUGAAAUAGGUGAUUUCAGAGCAUUUUAGCCCAACAAAAUCCCUAAACCA